AUGUCCCCCCCACGCAUCUACUCAGCCAUGACGAUUGGCCUCGGCCUCCUCUCCUAUGCCACGGCGCAGCUCAAAACUCAGCCCCUCCCAUCCAUCAACGAAGCCUACAUUACAAUCGCGAGCGGCGACUGUCUUAACGAGUUCGCCUCCGUUGUAUCACCCACCAACGACCGAUCCAACUGCGUUAGUGUCGGCGUUAUUGAACCUGGUAGUUUCAUAUACACCCGCGCUACCACCCACAGCCCGGUGCGCUGGUUGGCUGUCUCCCAGGACGCUGACGGCAAUACCCGCCUUUCCUUUAACGAGCGCGGGCCGGGCCUGUCGUGGCGUUACACUGUCAAGUCUUCUGGCGAGGGAUACUACGGAGGCCUCUUUAUCGAAGCCGAUCAGGAUUACGCUGUCUUUGGACCCGACUGGCAGGUUUUGUCGGAUGGUUCGGUUCUCGCUCCUGAUUCGGACAUUGACGAUCCCGUGCAACUUGCCCUGGUUUUGCCCGUCGAGGAUGAGACCGCGGCCGUCAGUGACCUAUGA